AGCGCCGGCCUACAAUCUAAGCAAUUCGUCACCCUUCUUAUUGACGACGUUGCGGGAUCAGUAAAAGUUGUGUAAGUGGCCUCAGAUGUCACCCCAGCCCAUCAUGCAUCAGUUAUCAAGACCUGCUUUCAUUCGCUACUUACUACCCUCCUCUCAGGUUCUUCUCUAGAAGAAUAUUUCUUGUUCUAUUUCAUCAUCAUCACAUCGAACACGAGAAAGAAGAACUACCGAUGAAGCUCUACGUACUAAUUUUAGCUGGAAGAUCUCAAGGAUAGUAUUUACUUUAAUUUAAGUAUUUCUUGAUCUUGUGUCUAGUACUAGUUCUAGGUGCUCCUGCUGAGGACCGAACGGCACCACGUUCACGUAGUAGAAUAUUCCUCAGCAGUCGUAUGUUGAGACCGAAGGGCCCCACGUCCUCGAGCAGUACUUCGAAGUGGUACUAACUUCUAUCAGUGAAGAUUCGUUCUUUAGUAACUUCUAUCAGUUAAAAAUCAUGCCGGCCGCUACCCAGUCUCUGCCUGCUUUCGCAAGCGCGAAGUAUCUGGGCCAGCAGCAAGAUCAGGUUGGAUGGAAACCGCAUACAGGCGAGCUCUUGCACGAUGCUGCCAUUCAAGAACUCGCUGAUUCUCUCAAGACAGAAGAAGAUGCGCUUGUUACGGAUCAUGGAUUUACUAAGUGAUCGAUGAAGUCGAAACAUAUUAAACUUUUAUUUUUUUACUACGUUAGUGAUUGAAUCUUAAAAAUGACUUGUCGUGAUUCCGAUUUUUAAAAACUUACGCGGAUGUCAUGUUCUAAAAUUUACAUGGGUGAGCAGUAGCACACUAAGAAUUGAUAGCAGAGGCUGAGUCGGUCCGUAUGUUUUUGUUCCCUGUCCCUUCUAGUUCUGUGGUUCUUCCUGAACUGCUAUUUUGCCGAGCGAGUCUCCUCUAAUCUUACCGCUGAAGAUCCAGAUGGCAAGCGCAAAUACGAGCUCGAGCUGUUCAAGAUCGUACGAGAAGGUACUCUAGUCUAAGCUUUCAAAGUUAAUACCUUGAUGAAACCUUUUACUUUGACAACAAGAAGUACCUGCGAACAGGUUGCUCUAUUAUAACUUCUGCCUUCGUACGAGAAGGUACUCUAGUAAGCUUUCAAAGUUACCUUGAUGAAAACUUUUCCCUUGACAACAAGUAGUACCUGCGAACAGAUUAUAACUUCUGCCUUAAUCAUGGCUAUUUUGAUGAAGCAAGUGCUUUUCAUUAUCUUAGGACAGUUUAUAGCACGAAUGGCGCAUGGGACGAAUGGCACGAAUGGCAUGAAUGGCACACCCCAACAAACCCCAAAUGUGUCACGAAUGGCACGAAUGGCACAGGUUGGCAGGGUUCCGCCAGCUGGCGCCCCUGGUCUCAUUCGCUUGCCGAGUAUGUCGGUCGCAUGCAAGUGAUUCCGCCCAUGAGAGAAGCCGCGUCGGUCGACAAGGCCGGCGGCGAGCGAGGAGAGGGAGACGCGAGCCCCGGGCAGGCUCCUCUACCGUUAAGGGAGCGGCCUAGGGAAACAGCGGAAGCCGCGCCUGAGGAGUGCAGAACUUCACGCAAGGUGCCGCAUGGGCCUCGUUUUUUCCCGGAAUUCUGUGGGGGUCAUACAAACUCGGACGAAUUUGCGUAACCCCACGGAAUUCUGGGAAAUAAAAAACGCUACGAGACCACCGGAGCGGCAUCGGGGUCCAGCUUGAAACCAGGCGUAGCCGCGUGCCUUGCGAUAGCCGUGACGACGAAGAAGGGAAGAGGUGGCGCCGAAGCAUGGCUCCCCGCCCGUAGCGGGGAGGCAGCCUUGGCACCUAGUGGAACUGUGUGAGGGAUGUGCGUUUGGCUGAGUGCAGGGCUUGGCGCCCGAAGGGCGCCCCGCGCCCGCGGGGUUCUUGGCGGUCGGCGUAGAGCAUCGAGCAGGAAGUGGCAACCGAGUUGGGAGCGCAACGCGUCGGAACGCAGGGCGCCCGAAGGGCGCCCCGCUCUCGAAAGUCUAUUUGGUCCACGAAUGGGACGAAUGGCGAGGUCGAUCGCGGUCACGGAUUGCGCCCCCGCCAUCCGUGCCAUUCGUGCCAUUCGAUCCAUGCCAUUCCAGCCCUGGAACCCUUAUAAACUGCUCGGUGAAGAUGAAGAGUCGUAACCUAUUUGAAAAACUUUUUUCCUAACUUCUCGUCACCUCCUGAAUUAGGAGGAUCCUGAGCCUCAAAAAUCCUUACAUUCACCCCAUCCUCGAAUGAGUCUUCCUCUCCAGGAUUGAACGGCGACGCCUUCAAGUCACAGUCGAGUAAAGCUCCAGUCUCAAAAGAAGCAGAGAGCUUCGAGAAAUUCAUGGAUCAUUUUUCCGACGCUCUGCAGAGCAACACCAAUGCUAGAGAAUGGGCCGACGGUCUCUGCAAAGACUGGCUACAGACGCUAGUGCUUUCCAUUAAGGCUAAUGCUGUGUGUGAAUAAUAAUAUCCCGUCUUGCGUGUAGACCUAGCACAGGCGCCUAUCCUAUCCUAUCCUAUCCUAUCCUCUGCUUGUUCCAUCAAAGCUACCUAUCUCUAAUCUGUAAAAAGUCAUCUUCCCACCUGGAGGUGGAAAAUAUCUCGAUAUCCUUGAACGACACGUGUGUCCUUGAGAGGAAGUAUGUCCUCGUCGUGAAAUGAAGUAUAUUCUCCGUGACCUAGAUGGCCUUCAAUGAUGCUUGCAGCUGAGGGAAGAUGAAUUAUGCAUGAUGCAAGUGGUAAUCAAUAAAACACCAAUAGCAUAUGCAUAGCAUAGGAUUAGAGGUCUAAUUUCAGUCUCAAAGCAAGGAGCGGGGCCGCGAUAGGAAGGACUUGUACUUCUACAACAGCAGAAGAUCAAGUUACUGAAGCUGAGCAUAAAGUAGCGAGUUUUUUCGAAGACUUAGCACAAGGAAACUUUAUACGUCGAUCCGCAUUAGCAGAGUUUGGACGCGCAGAAGCCCUAGUGAAUGCCCUACUGGACGAAAAGAAAGCUAGUCGUGCUAAUUCAGGAGCAACAUCGACGUCGAACAUCACAACGAGGAGGACUAGAGAAGAUUUGAUCAUCCCGAAUGCUGCUUUGUACCGGAAAGGAGGUAGUUCAACGGCCUCGCACAUCACACCAGCAUCAAGCUCAACUUAAGGGUUGAAACAUUUUUCAUUUCAUUUUUACAAGCCUUCUCAUCUACUUGAGACUGCUACUAUUAACGUGAAAUGUAGUUUCAACCUUUAAUCAACUUCAAGCUCAAGUUCUACAACUAAGAUAAAUAGUACAAAUAGUAGUAAGGACCACCAGGUGGAAGCAGUCGCAGUGGCUUCGCAAGGAAGUAGUGGAGCAGGUAGAAAAGACAGAAAAGUAGGAGGAGGAUUAAGCUCAUCUUCCAACACAACUUCCCCACGCACGACGACUGAAGGUGCUAUUCCUCCUACCGCGACGGCCAAGAAAGCCAAUGGCACAACCACAUCUAGCACUUCAGGAGAAGCUUCUCCUGACCAUCAGAGCCACCAGCAGGAGUUUGAUUUUGGCGACGUAUUAGAGCAGCAUGGCGUACGUCGUAUAGGGUUGAACUCCUCACAGUUGAGUCUCUUGAAAGACUUCCUCCAUCCCAGUAAAGACUUAAAAACUGUGGCUCAGCAGGCAGUCAGGAACAUUGCGGCAAGUCACUACUUAGACAGGCUUGAGGCAGGUGAAAAGAAUUUCGUCAGCUGCGACUCCCCGCCCAGCAGGCUGCAACAAUCGAGUUGGAGUGGCGCAACAACUGGUAGAAAUGAUCUUGACCCAGCUGCAUCUUCACCAGAUAGACCAGUAGACUCUGCGACGGCAUCUUCUUCAACAAACAUCAACAAGAAUACCACGACCGCUGGUCCUGCUUCUUCCAGCAGUGGUGGUGGUAAGGGCAACAAGACCUCCCCUUCCAGCUACUACAGGGCCAUUACGCCAGUGAAAAACAUGCCAGACAGUACUGAAGGUCGUGUGGCGGUGCUGCAAAAGUACCUCAAGCAACGAGCACGGAAACUUCUAGCUGCACAGGUUAAGGCUAAUAAUGAUUCAUCUUCCACUCAACGCCAAAAGUAGAUUCAUUAUCGCUCAGUUUCAUUCUAGCUUGGAUUCUGAGACGAUGCAUGCACCUAAGUUAGUACGUAGAAGAUAGAUUAUUCUUGUACAGUGAGCUCUAAAAAGGAGUCUUGUUCAAAAUCUAGUGGUCCAAAUAAUACUUUUACGCCCUCCAAUGUGAAUGGAGAUCUAUCUUCGACAGGACGAACCCAACCUCCGCCUUCGUUGCCGCCUCCACUGCCGCCACCUCCAAGUUUUGCAGCAAGCAGUGCUGGGACGACGCCAAUUAAACUUAAUCCACCUCCGACAACGCCAGUCAAGCAGCCAAUUUCUUCUGCAGAAGUGCAAGAGUUGCAGCAGCAGGUGGCAAAGGAGGCUUUGGAAGUGGUAGUGGCUCAUGGAGUAUUUCACCAUCUAGGUAAGACGUUACGUACUGCGACAACUGAAGCUCGAAGGAAAAACGCGAGAGAAAAACAGGGCAGACAAACCAGAAUGAAACGUGGACCUCUUUCGGCAGGUUGUAGUCCAACGCCAUCCUGUGGGGACCUUUUGGUUAAGGCUCGUAAUAAUUCAUUGCUAGUCAAUCACUACCUGGUGUCGUGAGGUAUCCUCGGUAUCACGCACACGACGUUGUGCUCUAAGUUUUUUCUUGAAGGGGAAAGUCAAUGCUUGACACUCUUUGGCUAAAGAUGUUAUUGAAGGAGGAAUCAAGUAGGUGAAGAUUUGAUCAGAAGAAGAUCAAAGUGACUUAACCGAAUAUCAAUAAGUCUAAUUUGGAGAGCGUCGCUUCAUCUCCGCAAAAUCUGUUUCGAUGUGACUCGUUCCAUAGUAACGACAGCAGCAAUCGCGACAGCGCAUUGGCUUUGGCGGAGAGCGCAGCCUUGCUGGAAUUAGACCCGUUACUGGUCGUCCGACAGCGCGCCGAGGUGACUCAGGUUGCUGCCCUUAAAGAUGCAGGAGAUGGGUCUUCUUCUGGAGGUAUAGGACAAUUACGGGUAGGAUAAAGGUGCUUUUCUUACCGCUUUUUAUGCCUCUCUCCCUUAGGAUGAGAAAGGCAUAGCAAGCGGGGUAAGCGAGCACCAAAAACCUGCUUCUAAGACAAGGAGGAAAUAUUAAUCAUGGCACAUCAACUACAGCUUCUUCUAGCAACCAUAACCAACAGUCUGGCGGCUCUGCAGGUUGCAAAGGUGGAUCAUCGGGACAACUGGUGAAUAAUAAAAACGAGACGAUGAAGGACAACAGCAAUUUGGAGUUUGAGGAAUUUUAAGGCUUCCCCUAAUCCAUCUCGUCUAUGUAUAGGGAUCCCUCAAACAUAUGCGCCCCAAUACAAGGGAGAUGCUGACGCAUAUCAAAACUUGAUCUUGUUCUCCUUUCUGGUGAAGCUAGACGUGAGGGAUUUCCACAGGGAUGAACAGGGGAAAGCCCUAAGAAUUGCAGAAUUCAGUACGGCUAUUCGCCUCGGUUCUGAGCAACGCUCAGUCCGGGCCCUUGUGCAUGCGCAACGGAAGCAAGGAAACGAGCAAUAGCAUUAUGAUGGAGGACGAAACCAAUAAUAGCAUUCAUCUUGAUAUGAAAUCUCAUGUGGAAUUUUUUUGACUAUCUAGGGUUUACUUGCUCAUCUUGAUAUGAAUCCAAGUACUUAUCAUGUGCAAUGUGCAGGUGCAGGCGCUGAUUUGUUUUGGAUGUAUCUGGACUAAAUUCUAGCCCAAGAUCCAAGUUUCUUUGAUCAUGUACAUAGAAACGUACUAAGUAACUUAGGCUGUCACAUAAAUAUGCAUAAUCUUCGUAGAUGACACUUGUUUUUCCUUCUAAUCUGAAACAAGACCACCAGUCAAAGAACCACGAUGCGUCUGGAGGAAGCGACAGAAACAACAACGACAGAAACAACAACGACAGAAACAAAGGUCCACAUACGCCAGCAGAGCUACGACAGAAGAUGGAGGCCCUCCUAUCUUCAAACAAAUCGACAGGCUUCUCGUUACAAACCACAGUGCUAGAUCACCUGAAUGCGAGAGCGGCGCAAGAGCAACACCCAGGGAAGGCGGGAAGCGGAGGUGGGAAAGGAAAUGUUGAUAUUAUGUGAAUGUUAUCAUUUUAACUUCUUGCUCUAUGUAGUACUAAAGGUGGGAAGCGGAGGUGGGAAAGGAAAUGAUAUUAUGAAGAAUGUUAAUGUCAUAACUUGCUCUAUGUAGUACUCUUGCAGAAGUUCUUUAUCCACGCGAACGCGAGGAGUCCUUAGAAAAUGGCAUCUGUAGUAUUUCAUCGGCUUUUUAUCAACGAAAGUUUGCCAGUAGACUAACUUGUCAUUUGAUCUACUUAUUCUGUAAAUACGUACUAGAUGUUGAGCUACACGGAAAUAUGUACCGCCUAGAAGUCUUCCUAUGAAUUUUCAAGCCAAAUCAUUGAGUAAUGUAGGGGUUUAGGUCCCGCGACGCUUAAAGCACAUACAGAAAGAUAGCCGGUUUAUUUUCCCUCAUAUCCUAGGUUUGAUCCCAACACGCAAAGUAAUGCUGCGCCUAUGUUGAAACCUGCUACUUGCUUUACUAGUAGAAAAUCUUGGCUUCCCUUCUAAGGAACACGGUCCUCAUGGUGGAGUGAAGCCUCUGCCCAUCUUAGCAAACGGCAAAGGUAUUCGCGCGGCUCUGGGAAGUCGGUACGAAUCCGCACAAGACCGCGUAUUUGCGUUAGCUGGUAAAUCUGGAGCAAAAAUACAACAGGAUGCUGGACCACAUGGGACGCACGACGUUCCUCCAGGACUUUCUUGCGACUUCUCCGCUAACACCUACGUGGUUGUGGAAGAAAAUGCAGGCUCAAGAACACCAAUCAAAAGUGCAGGCUCAAGAACACUAAGUGCGACUUCUACAUCUUCUAAGUCGUCUACAAACAAGAAGAUCAAUCUUACAGGAGGAGAGACGCUUACUGCUAGUUGUACCGCAAAAACAACAACAAAUAAGUCCUCUGGAGGAAGUAAAAGCGCUGUUCAAGUUGUUGGUGAUACUUCUGUAUCAAGGAUGCCUGCCGUACCAGCAACCCCACCCCCGCCUCCGCAUAUGCUGCCUCCUGAUGCUGAAACCCCAACUUCUGGACCUCCGCAUACUCCGACACCCGGAUCUGGUUCGAACCUUCCAGCCGCGUUUCCUCCUACUUCGGCUUUGCCUCCGGUAUCUAUGAUAUUAGUUACAGCUUGUAAGAUACAUAAUGACUUUUUUCUCAUGAAGAGAGAGAGUUUCUCGAAUUCUAAGGCCAAUGAAAUUAGUUACAGCUUGUAAUAUCAGAUAUUAUCUAUGAGUAAAAAGACAAAGUAGUUGCUCGUUGUCACCCCAAUCCACCCAUUGAUGAAGUCUUGAUGACAAUUUUGCUUUUUCUUCAUGUUAGCUCAAGUAGUCUACUAUUUCGUACAGCUAAUACUAGUACCCAAACACUGAAAAACAGCUACCUCCGCCUUUAUUGCCCCCAUUGCCACGAUUCGAUGCAGAAGGUGCCGUUGAAGUCGAUGGUGCAGGUACUGCUAUGUUGAUUUCUUGAGUUUUUCAUUCUCAUGUAGAAGUUAUAUGUAGUUCAUAUGCUCCUGCAUGAUCUUCUCCUAUAUUGACAACAACCAGUUCGUCUUCAUAAUAUUGUCUUACAACGACCACAACCUUCUUCAAGCGGUCACGAGUUUCUCUUACAACAACUACAACAACAACCUCCUUCUAGCAGGUUCUCCGCUGCCUCCUGCUCUGCCUCCAGUUGUCCUCACAGACCAGGACCCGCCUCCCGCACUAGGCACUCCAACUCCUAAGCAACAGAAGCUUGGAGAGCAAGUAACAAGCACUCCAGUACCAGUUACUGAACAUGAAAGGCUUCGGGAGUCGUCAGCACCGCUACUGGCUGUCUGCCAGCCAACGCUUAGUGCGGCUAUUUAUACCAACGAAAAUUAA